GCAAACCUUGAUCCUGAAACAUUGGUGCUGGCCAUUGCUACAGGUAUGGAAGGAGCACUGUAAGCCUGUGCAGGUCUUCCAAUUUUGGUCCUGAAGGUCUUUCUUUAACUUCCAAGGCCGAUUGGACACUAACUUACAAUCCACCACACAUUUCCACACACCAUAACGCAUUUCAGUUUCUCUUUCUCUCUCUGGUUAUUUUAUUAGCCUCCACUGACACCCUCUCACACCUUUCAUCACCACCAUCACUGGUUCCUCAGUGGAAACAAACAAACAACUGCUCUCCCUUAUUAGUCCCUCAGACCUCAUCCAGUUUUCCUCACAACUCUCAUCUGUUCUGGGUCCUUCUCCUGUUUGCUCUCCAAUCUCAGCUUUGAAGCUCUCUUUCACCUCUGCUUGUUGUUCUGCUACAUGCAAUGGCUCUCAGCACAUUCUCAAUCCCAGCUCAGAAACCCACCUCUAACUUCUCAUCAUCCCAUUUCUCUUUUGGACCAGUUCUGCCAUGUCCUUACCAACAUAAGCUCUUCAAUCAGGUAAAGAGAAGGCCAAUUGGGAUUUGUGCUUCACUGUCAGAGAGUGGAGAGUAUCACUCACAAAGACCACCCACACCUCUGUUGGACACUAUCAAUUAUCCAAUUCACAUGAAAAACCUCUCUCUCAAGGAACUCAAACAAUUAGCUGAUGAGCUGAGGUCUGAUGUUAUCUUCAACGUUUCGAAAACCGGAGGUCACCUAGGCUCAAGCCUCGGUGUUGUGGAGCUCACUGUGGCUCUUCACUAUGUGUUCAAUGCUCCUCAGGACAGGAUUCUGUGGGAUGUUGGUCAUCAGUCUUACCCACACAAAAUCUUGACUGGGAGAAGAGAUAAGAUGCACACUAUGAGGCAGACCAAUGGGUUAGCUGGUUUCACAAAACGGUCGGAGAGCGAGUAUGAUUGCUUUGGCACUGGUCACAGUUCCACUACUAUCUCAGCUGGCCUGGGAAUGGCCGUAGGGAGGGAUCUAAAGGGGAAAAACAAUCAUGUAGUUGCUGUUAUAGGUGAUGGUGCCAUGACAGCAGGGCAAGCUUAUGAAGCCAUGAACAAUGCGGGUUACCUUGAUUCCGACAUGAUAAUUAUUCUCAAUGACAAUAAACAGGUUUCUUUACCUACUGCCAAUCUCGAUGGACCCAUCCCUCCAGUAGGAGCUUUGAGUAGUGCUCUCAGUAAGUUGCAAUCAAACAGGCCACUUAGAGAAUUAAGAGAGGUUGCCAAAGGAGUUACAAAACAAAUUGGUGGUUCUGUGCAUGAACUGGCAGCAAAAGUUGAUGAGUAUGCUCGUGGAAUGAUCAGUGGCUCUGGUUCAACAUUGUUUGAAGAGCUUGGACUAUAUUAUAUUGGUCCAGUCGAUGGUCACAAUGUGGAUGACCUCAUAGCGAUACUUCAAGAGGUUAAAACAACGCAAACAACAGGUCCAGUCCUGAUCCACCUUAUCACUGAGAAAGGCCGGGGAUAUCCAUAUGCGGAGAAGGCUGCAGACAAGUACCAUGGAGUGGCCAAGUUUGAUCCGGCAACCGGAAAGCAGUUCAAAGCCAAUGCUAGCACACAGUCUUACACAACAUACUUUGCAGAGGCUUUGAUUGCAGAAGCUGAAGCGGACAAAGAUAUUGUAGCAAUCCAUGCUGCAAUGGGAGGUGGAACAGGCAUGAAUCUCUUCCUCCGCCGUUUUCCAACAAGAUGCUUUGAUGUUGGAAUAGCAGAGCAGCAUGCUGUUACUUUUGCUGCAGGUCUUGCCUGUGAAGGCCUGAAACCUUUCUGCGCAAUUUACUCAUCUUUCUUGCAGAGGGCUUAUGACCAGGUCGUACAUGAUGUGGAUUUGCAGAAACUGCCUGUGAGAUUUGCUAUGGAUAGAGCUGGGCUUGUUGGGGCUGAUGGUCCCACACAUUGUGGGGCUUUUGAUGUUACUUAUAUGGCAUGCCUGCCAAACAUGGUGGUCAUGGCUCCUUCUGAUGAGGCAGAGCUUUUCCAUAUGGUAGCCACUGCUGCUGCCAUUGAUGACCGCCCAAGUUGUUUCCGGUACCCAAGAGGAAAUGGGGUUGGUGUGGAGCUGCCAACAGGAAAUAAAGGCACUCCUCUUGAGGUGGGAAAAGGAAGAAUAUUGAUUGAAGGAGAAAGAGUUGCACUCUUGGGCUAUGGAUCAGCCGUUCAGACAUGUUUGGCUGCAGCAACUUUGGUGGAACCUCUUGGCUUGCGUCUGACUGUUGCUGAUGCACGAUUUUGCAAACCAUUGGAUCAUGCUCUAGUUCGCAAACUUGCAAAAUCACAUGAGUUUUUAAUUACUGUGGAAGAAGGAUCCAUUGGUGGGUUUGGUUCUCAUGUUGUUCAGUUUCUGGCACUUGAUGGCCUUCUUGAUGGAAAACUGAAGUGGAGACCUCUGGUUCUGCCUGAUCGGUACAUUGACCAUGGUGCCCCGGCUGAUCAGUUGGCCGAUGCCGGACUCACUCCAUGCCAUGUAGCAGCAACAGUAUUCAACAUCCUUGGACAAACAAGAGAGGCAUUGGAGGUCUCUGCCGGCAUCGACAUGGCGGAGUGAACAAGCCUAUCUAUUUCAUGUUUUUCAAUUAGACGGAAAACUCGAAAUUUGACGAACAGAGCGAUGUGCAAAUCCAGAAUCAUGCAAAUUAAAUAAAAGUCCCAAUCGACAAUUUCAACUACAUUUAGGAUGCAUCUCAGCUUUUUCUCGAGUUCUAGUGAAGAUAGGAGUUGUGGAAAAGAGUAGGGAGUGUUGUUAUGUAUCUUUUUCUAGCAUUUAGUGGUGUUAGCUUCUUGGUAACGCUCUUGGCACUGAUGCAUGCAUGUUGGUGAUAAA